AUGGCUGUCUUCCAUCUCUUCCCCUAUCUCCCAUUUGAGCUUCGCGCCCGGAUUUGGGAGCUGACUGUUGAGCCUCGCACCGUCGAAGUCGUUCAUUAUAAAAACGUCAAUACUCAUCUCCUGCAUGUUGUCUCGCCAACCCCGGUGCCCCCUAUUCUCCAGGCCUGCCAUGAAGUCCGGACCCAAAAGGCGCUAUACCAAAAGGCUUUUACCUUGGGAAGUGAACCCCGAUACGUUUGGGUGAACUUUGAGAUAGAUAUGAUCUCAAUUGGGGAUACCGUCAUUGACCUUUUUAAGCCUGAGCAACAACUAAUUCGCCGGCUUACCAUUGAGGAGGAGUAUAGUGACUACUUUUUCUAUAGCAAGUCCAGGGAUCUCUACGAUUUUUGUAAUGUGGAGGAAAUCCAUGUUAUCUGCCGGGGAGGCUUACAGGACUGGAAAGUUGACUGGGAAAACAUAUACUGGCCAUGUCCGAAAACGAAUCUGAAGCUCAUCGAUAAAGAGACCGGCCAGGGGUUCACGGGCGAGGAGCUAGAUAGCAUGUGGAAAUGGCCCGACGAGGAGUCGACUUCUGAAUGA